AGGAGUAAGAAGCUCUAGAGGACUGUGGAUUCUACUACCACAGCGAGUGUAAUACGUUGUUGUCGCUUGCAAUGGCCUCCUGUGUUAAGUGGGACAACGGAGCGAGUCGGGUUUCCCUGGAAGAUUUCCGCCAGUUCCAUGAGAAUGACAAACAGUGGGCCGCCCGUAGCCAAUUCAUGGCAAGGCACCUACAUCUGUACCCGGGGCCCAAAAUCGAUCAGCUUAUCGCCCUGUCUGUAGUGUGGAGCAAUAUCGUAUUUAUUGGCAAUCGUUAUGGAGAGAAACUUACAGAGAAAGUGCAUAAGAUGGCAGAAGGAAUUGAUAUUGGAGAGAUACCAUCCUUUGAGCUUGUACCUGGUGCCAAAAAAACAAAAAGAUCAGAAGGUACAGAUGCAGGCGAGCAGCCUCAAAAAAAGUUUGCUUCGCGUUUUGGGCCACGUCCAAGGUUCGAACCUGUUCAUUUUGUCGUCAGUAGUACACAAGACGAGACUUUUCAAGAAAGAAGUAAUUGUUUGGACAGUCAGAAGCAGGAGCAGCAAGGAAGUGGGUUACCGCCAGAUGUGUUUACUACUACAAGUGAUACAUCUGAUCCUGAAGAUUGUCCAGAAGCAGACUCAUUUCAUUCAGAUGUAGUGGAAGAUGAAGGCAGACAUGAUUCUGGAAAUUUUAUGUCUAAAAUAGAGCAAAGCUAUUCUGCAAAAUUUAAUUCUCACUGUUCAACAACAUCAAAAGAAUUUCGCCAUAAUGUACUUGAUAUGUGGAUAGGAGUGAAUAAGCAGGGAAGGAAAGGCAUUGGUUUUGUAAAACCUCCAAAAAUGUCUGACAAACAUGGCAAGGGAAGAGGAAAAAGUACUUUAUCAGGACGCACAAUUCACAGUCUGGAUAAAGCAGCUUUUAUAAAUCAGCUUUCUGCUAUGGUUGUACAGUAUAUGCUACAGCCAACGAUGAAAACUGAUUCUAAAAGAAUUAAGUACACAUUCCUGUUAACACACAGUAUUCAGUCAUGUAAAACGAACCCAGAAUAUAUAUAUGCCCCUCUAAAAGACAUCUCUCCACUUGACCUCCCACAAAAUAAAAAACUUCCAGUUGAUGGCUUUGCUUGCGAAGUAAGGUGUCAAGACAUUUACUUAGCAACUGGAUACUCUUUUAGUAAAAAUGGUGCCAGGGACCGAGCUGCUGAGCAGGCUGUGCACCUAUUAUUACAAAGGCCUUUAGAAGUCAGAAAGAUGAACCGAAAAUGUGGACUAAAAGUUGGUGAAGACUGGGUGGCUUGCCAAGUUGACAAGCCUCUGAAAGGAUUACCACCUGCCCUUAAGCAAGAAAAUGGUAGUGUUGGUGAAAUGUUGCCAGCUGGACAACAAGGUGCUGUCCCAGCCAAAGUAGGCCUUUCUACAAAACAAUGGACUGAAUUUAUUAUUACUGAAAAUGCCUGUGAUGCUAUUGGUAUCCUAAACAAUUCUGCUACCAUUAACAAAAUGACAGUUGAAUAUAAAUACACCAUGAUUUCCAGCUGUAGUUGGAAAUGUAGUGUUUUUGUGCAAGGUCACUGUGUUGCAGAAGGAUACGGCAAUAAAAAGAAUAGUAAGCAUGCGGCAGCCAAGGAGGCUGUAAGAAUUUUAAAAGAUUUACAUCCUGAUCUACCAAAAACUCAUUGUGUUCAGUCUACCAACAACGUUCCUAUAAAAGAGCUGAAAGACAUUAUAGUGUAUGCAAACUCUAUUAAUCCUGUGUGUACACUGAAUAAUACAGCACAAUUCAAUAAUAUAACAGUAGAUUAUGUCUUUGAGAGGGUGACUGGUGAUAUCUGGAAGUGCAAAGUUCUCAUGGAAAAACAGUUUCUAGCUGAAGCAAUGGGACUUAAGAAAACAGUAAAGCAUGAAGCUGCUGGGGCAGCUGUAAAUAUUCUCAAACAGACGCAGCCCGUGGUGGUUAACAACCCAAAGAAGGGUCCAGAUGAAGAUGCCAUUUCUAGAAAUCAGAUCCGUGGAUGGUCAAGUGAUGAAUCGUUCAAACAGCAAAUCAAAGAAGAUAAUAUUGGCAACCAACUCCUAAGGAAGAUGGGCUGGAAAGGUGGGGGUUUGGGAAAAGAAGGAGAGGGAAUAUCUGAACCCAUAUCUGUAAAGGAGCAGUUUAGUCGAGAAGGGCUUGGUCUUACUUCAAACAGUCACACAAUUAAUAAGAGAGAUAUUGAGAAGAUCAUUAGAAACUAUGCUGCUUCCUAUAAUCAGGAUGAUCUCACUUUUUCUAAAGAACUUUCCAACGAGGAACGGAAGUACAUACAUCAGAUUUCUCAAAAGUAUGGCCUCAAGAGUAAGUCCCAUGGACAUGGCAAUGAAAGGUUCUUAGUAGUCAGCAGGAAGAGAAAUAAACAGGAUCUCAUACACCAGCUUAUACAAGAUGGGCAGGUUGGAUCAUAUGCACUUCUAAUGCCUCAGCAAAAGCAGUGACCUGGUCACUUUAACUCCAAUCGGCAUAAAUUUGAAUUGUUUUUAUUUUGCUAAAAAUGUUUGUUAAUUGGUGUUAAAAAAGUAUUAGUACAAGUACCACAAAUAGAAUUUUACUCUAUUGCAAAAUAAUAUAGUGACAGAGUGUAAAUUUUAUGUUUCUGUCAUAGCAAAAAAAAAACUAUUGAAUCUGGGCCUUCAAUUACUGGACCAGCUGGAUGAGAAUGUAUGACAUUAUAUUACAGGAUAGUUAAUGCUCUUGUUCAUUGAUGUUUGUGUUAUUUAUGGAAAGGAAAGUUAACUUAAAAGUUCUAACAGGCUAAUGGCUGCCACUGCCAUCCAAAACACACCUGUCCAGCUGUCAGCACUCAUAUCUGAUGCACAGAGAGUUAUAACAUGCAGACCUCAACUCAGAUGCUAAAGUGAAUUUUUGUGUGGAUGUCUACCCGUCACUUAGAAGUGAUAACAGGUGGAAAGGCGAGUUUUGCCUGCUGCUGUUUUCAGUGUAUUGCAGCGGCAUACAAAAAUGUUGCUUAUGUCAUUAGCUUUACUCUGCAUUUACACUUUUCCUUUUUUUUUUUUUUUUAAUAACCUAAGUUUUCUUCCUAUCUUCCAAAGACAGAUGGAACUAAGAUGGUAUUUGUCUGUAAGGAUGUAGCAUGUAUUUCCAGAGCCUAUAAUCAAUUGCCAAAGUUGGAGCUUAUCAGGCUUCCAUGAUAGAGUAAGCACAAGCAAAGAUACCACAAGUUACUGCACUCCUAUCCAUUGAAUAACAAAGUCCACAGCACUCUUAGUCAUCAAAGGAACCACCUAAAGAAUGUGAUUUUUUCACAAAUAGCAUCCUUUUCAUCCCAAAUUUGCUCCAGAUUUAUUACAGAAUUUAGUGGUGUUAUAAUUCUGUUUGUAUUAAAAGCAC